AUGGCUCUAGGUGGCUAUGAGGAGAUUCUCAAGUACUACCAGUUACAUGAAACAAUUGGAACAGGUGGGUUCGCAAAGGUAAAACUUGCACGACAUCUUCUCACUGGUGAAAAAGUUGCAAUAAAAAUCAUGGACAAACUUGCUCUAGGGGAUGACUUGCCUCGUGUUAAAAUAGAAAUUGAUGCCAUGAAGAACUUAAGGCACCAGCAUAUUUGCCAGUUGUAUCACGUGAUAGAGACGUCCCAGAAAAUCUUCAUGGUCUUAGAGUACUGUCCUGGAGGAGAGCUGUUUGAUUACAUAAUUUCUAAGGACCGCCUUUCAGAAGAGGAAGCUCGUGGGUUUUUUCGGCAGAUUGUUUCAGCAAUUGCUUAUGUUCACAGUCAGGGAUAUGCCCACAGGGAUCUCAAACCAGAAAAUCUGCUGAUUGACAAGGAACAUCAUUUGAAGCUGAUAGACUUUGGACUCUGUGCAAAGCCAAAGGGUGGCCUCGAUUACCAUCUGAACACAUGCUGCGGAAGCCCAGCUUAUGCAGCACCAGAGCUGAUUCAGGGCAAAGCAUAUAUUGGCUCAGAGGCAGAUAUUUGGAGCAUGGGAGUACUGCUGUAUGCUCUACUCUGUGGCUUUCUCCCCUUCGAUGAUGACAAUGUCAUGGCUGUCUACAGGAAGAUAAUGAGAGGAAAAUACAGUAUUCCAAAGUGGCUCUCUCCUAGCAGUACACUGCUACUUAACCAAAUGUUGCAGGUGGACCCAAAGAAGCGGAUUACAGUUAAACAUCUAUUAAGUCACCCUUGGCUCAUGCAAGGUUAUUCCAAAGCUGUUCAGUGGCAAAGUAAAUACCCACUGGGACAUCUUGAUGAAGACUGUGUAACAGAGCUUUCUGUGUUUCAUAAACAGAGCAGGGAGAGUGUAUCGGAAUUAAUAUCAGAGUGGAAAUAUGACCAAAUGUCAGCAACAUAUCUCUUGCUUCAAUCCAAGAAGGCUCAUGGCAAGCGUGUUCACUUAAGGGCUCCAUGUGUAACAGGGCAUGCCAGUACAGGCCUCGAGUCUGAAAAAAAUAUGACAUAUGAAGAUGUGCCAGACUGCAGUGAAAUGCCUCAUGCAUUUGGAUCCAUGGAAUUUUCUGAUGCAGCUUCACUGUUUGAAGAAUCUCCACUGGAAGAAUUUAUUCUAAAUACUCGCAGAACAAAGCAGCAUUCAAGGCAUGAUGCUCAACUGGAUAACACGGAAUUCACACUGUCAACUCCAGUGACAAGAAAAGUGGCAUCAAAGAAGCAUGAAAACAAAGAGAAUGUUGAUACAGAGUCAGCUUUAAGAAAUGAAAUGACCUUUGUGCUUCCUGCACCAAAGACUCCUUUUGCGAAGAGUCGGAUUGAGGCGCAAGUACAAACCAUACCCUUUCAGGCACCUGCCUUCAAAGAGAGCCAGUUCACCACAGUCACCCCAAUUAAGAAACCCACAAACCCAACAAACACAGAUGACUUCACAGCAGCUGAGGUUCUUCCUGAAAGAAGGUGUCAUUCAGUGGAAUUAGAUCUCAACGUAGCUCACAUGGAUAGCUGCCAAAAGAAGAGAAAAGCCAAGAUAUUUGGAAGUCUUGAAAGAGGCCUAGAUAAAGUGAUCACAAUGCUUACGCCAAGCAAAAAGAAACGAUCCACUAGAGAUGGUCCAAGGAAACUUAGGGCACACUAUAAUGUUACCACCACUCAGCUACUGAAUCCAGACCAACUGUUGAGUGAAAUAAUCACUGUUCUUUCAAAGAAGCAUGUGGAAUAUGUUCAAAAGGGUUAUACCCUGAAAUGUCAAACACGGUCAGAUUUUGGCAAAGUAACUAUGGAGUUUGAGUUAGAAGUCUGUCAACUCAGUAAACCUGAAGUAGUGGGUAUCCGGCGACAACGGCUUAAAGGUGAUGCCUGGGUCUACAAGAGACUGAUAGAAGACAUCUUAUCUAGCUGCCAAGUGUGACUGGCUGAUGCAUGUGCUGAGAAAGCAGCAGUUUUAUACUGAGACUUUAAUUAUAAUGUUUUAGAAAGGUCUGUUCAGAAAAGUAAUUCUUUGUCACAUUCACAGCUGUAUUUGAAAAAUCUGUCAUCUUCCUUGGGUUUUUAGACAUCCCUCUUUGUACAUAUGUCUUCUGUCUGUUUCCUUUAAUAUCAAGUUUGUA